AGAGAGGAAACCUUCUUGAUGCAAGCACUUUGUCUUUCAUUCAUGGUUCUGUUAUAUCUGGGAAAUGUGGGUGAUAGCCCACUAUACAGAUGAACUUGCUUCAUACCUGGAAACUGUGGGUGAAUAUCAGACAGACAUUGGCCAAACUGUAGCAGAAUGGCCCACUAACUCUCCUCCAUAUACAGUAAAAAAGGAAGUGUGGGUGGAGAGUGGGAGGGUUAGCACGUGGACGCCGCGUCUCUUUGAUGACAUCACUAUUUCCAAAAUAUUAGUCAUAGGUUACUAUUUUUUUGGGCACUCUGUCAAGUGAAAGUCCCUCCCACACUAAGAAAUAUAAAUAUAGCCUAAUAGCCAAUUAAUUCAGACCUGUUCAUUCUCGUUGAACGAAACAGCACCCAAAGAGAAAGAAAAAUGUGUUCAGAUCUUGAGUGCGGAAUUUGUUACCGAAGCUACAACACCGGCCGUCGGUGUCCUCGUGAGUUACAGUGUAAACACAGCUUUUGUGAGCGCUGUCUGGUGACCCUUUCCCAAUCCUCAGUAUGUGAAGUGGAAUCCACGAAGGAAUGUUCGCGGCAGGACAAGACAAUUGUUUGCCCACUCUGCCGAUACCCGACCUCUGUAUCGGAAAAAGUGAGGGCAGCGCUUCGGGUAGACGAAAUUGUUCUAGAGCGCAUGGUGGUAUCUGGCGUUCUCGGGGAAAGCAUGACAGACGACGAGGGGGAUAGUGAGGGGAAGGAGGACGACAAUGAGACUCCCCGUGAGAACUCAGCCGAGGAAAGGGGUUCCAGAGGUGGAAGGUUCCGCCGUUCGCUGAGGCGCGUCUGGGGCAAAUUCACUGGGAAUCAUUCCCAAAGGAGAGCGCAUUGUAUGACUGAUGAGGACCUACGAGACCUCUUCAUGAUGUCAUGCUAUACCAUUUGAUGCGGACUUCAUUGAUUGGAAAGUCAUCAGGGCUGCGUUCAGUACGUUUUUACGUUCUGGCACGUUCAGUUGAACGGAUCCGGUGCUGUACUGAACGACCAGGUUGGAGAAAGCUGUCGGCAUGGCCACUGCCCUUUAAUAAAUAUGUCACACAUUGCUUCAAGCCACACCUCGCCACACCCACCAACGGGAGCCACCCUACCUGAGUCUGUUUAAUAACGUUUUGGGGGAAACGUGUCAAUCGCUACAAACCGUUCCGUAACUUAGCAAACGUUCGAGCGAACUGAACGCACCUCAGUGGCACCUGAUUGAUCAGAGAGGGGGCGUUGCCGUCCACGAGCCUACACUACAGUAACCCAUUUAGACUGUAGAAGACUGGCGGGUCCAGUUGGAAGUUGGAGCAAGCAGUAAUAUGUAUUCCAUAUAAUAGCCAACUAGGCCGCUGUGUCCAUUUCUUCACACAUGCAUGUAAUAAUUGGUGAUGACCAAACACAUAAUGGUAACAGAAUUGUAAAGACUAUAGGCUGUUAUUUGAAGCCAUUGGGCUACUGAAUGAAAUAGUUUUAUGUAAAAUUGUAUUUUUUUGUGCUUUGAAGUAGCCUAUGGCUUUCCAUUUCCAACUAUUAGAAUGUGUUGAAUUUUGUUGGUGCUCAGUUCAAGAAAAAACUACUUGAAUGUAGUGUAUUUAUUACAUUCACUUUAAUUGAUUGUGUGUGAUAUUUUGCACCUUUGUUUUGUUGUAAUAAAACAUAUUGUUGUUUUUUUAUUUUCUUCUCUCGCGGGAUAAAUGGCUUGCAGUAGUAACUGAUUCUUGCUUUUUCGCUGAAGAAUAAGUUAAUAAAUAACACUGUUCUGAACUUCUGCUUGGUUUACCAUUAUUUAGAAUAUAAGACGGCGUAAGCUCAUGUCAUAUAGACCUAUCAAAACAGUUGAGACCAGGUGUCAUGUUCCCCAAAAUUCUGGAGGAUGCAAUCAACAUAAUUGGUUGCACGCACCUGUGUUCACAUGGGCCUGGCGUGUGUUCAGUGAGGUGAAACGUUCAGAAAUUUUCAGGACGCAAAUAGAAACGUAACAGCGCUAACGCGAUUCCCUGGCCUAUUCUAUACAGACAAGAAUAUGUUUUAAUCUACACAAUACAUCCCUAUUGAAAAAUACUGUAAUGUUGCACUCUUCUGAACGGGUCCUGAAUUAGAUGCACCUGUUGAGAUAGCAACAGGCACAUCUAAUAUGCUAAUCAAGGGGAUCUCUGACCACAGGGUGCUAUUUAACAACUAGAGGAGCAAGAGGUUGAUCAAACAAGGCUUUUUUUUUUAAUUGAUCUUUUUACCUUGGACUCUUUUUCAGUUACAAUCUACUACAAUCUGAUUGUGCUGUUGUGUAUCAUAUGUUGGUUGCUGGCCAGCAAUAAUGUCAUUUACUUUAAGACUUAAUUUGAGACUUCUGGUCCUGUGUCUGGUAUUCGCUACUGUGGAAGUCAGUUCACGUUUAUCAAGGGGCAGGCGAGCAAUACACGAACAGAGAAGUUCUCUCGGUACACAGGGCCCAAGAAAAUGGAGGACUUUCAACAACCCUUACACAUUUAGCCAGAGCCAUAGCCUUGACCCAAGCCAACCGGUCCCCAGUAGUGUCCAACCUGACCAGGCUCGGAUUGUCUUCAGCCUGAGACCGGGAGUCCAGACUGGGAGAGAAGGUUCCCCUGAUGGUGAGGAGUCUCCGCCUUCCAACAGUCAAUCUAACAGAUUUUCAAGCAGCUCUGUGCCCAGUAAGACUGUCCAUUUUCGUACCUACCCUUCUAGUGGCCUAGUUAGCCCACUUGUCCCCAGAACCUGGGGUGCCUCUGGUACUUUUCAUUCAGUCUCAAACCCUAUGACCCAAAGAAGCCAUGUUACCACCAGUAGUUUGCAACCUGCCAGGGACACAUUUGGCUCUCCUGUUGUUGACGACAACCCCAUCCCAGCCCAACAGGCUGAAAACCCUGUGAGCAAGAAUGAAAGAUCCAAAUACAGGACGUUUAUGUCUUCCUACCUCUUCAGGGAAUCCCAAUCCACUUCCAGCACCUCUGAAACCACUCACAAGGGCCCUAGUGAAGGAGUGAAGACCAUUAGCAGACUUGGUGCUGCCUCUGCUACCCAAAGUGAAGGAAACUCCAGUCUUCAUGGGUCUGGAAGAUCCACACAUGUCCAAAGGGGUUAUGGCUACAUAGGCUCUCAGUUGUACCCUACAGCCAUUAAGUCUGCCAAUGGACAACAAGUGCACCCACCAACCCUGAGCCAAUCCGGUUCUUCUAAAGUAGAUGCUACCAGUGAAGCCCAACAUGCUUCUCGUAUCAACAAACCCUUCCAUCACAGUGCUAAUUUUGCUCAAAGUGGAGGUAGCCCUAGUAGCUAUUUCCUGGGUGAAAUGGCUGAUACUCAGGCUAAAAGUGCUUUCAGCGGAAUUCAACCUCUUAUUAGAUUUGGCUCUUUCUGGAACACAAUGGCCCCCACUGCAACUCAACCCACCCAAAGUCCCUCUGAGCCUGCAGAGAGAGAAACUGCCCCUGACCAGUCUUUGAAAACCAGGAGUGGCUAUGUCCUUUGGAGGAAAACUGGGCUAAGCAGCUCAUCCAGUGGUCAGUACGGGUUAGCCACCGGUGGUUACAAACCUGGAAAAUCCACAAAUGUAAAUACACUCGGAGGGUUCCAAUAUCAAGAUCCCGAAAAAACAUUGGCUCCCAUCGUGAGUAACGAUGACAUACCCUCUGUUGCUAUCAGAACUUCAGUCAACACAAACACUGCAAAGAGUCAGGGUACUGGCUGGAGAAAUAGUCAUGGUAUACCUAGGGGCAUGAUAAUGAGUUCUGUCAGUGGGUAUCCAGAUGUAUACAGAAAGUAUAGCUUUGCCCCUAGAAUUCGAGUAGCUUCCACUACAACUUCCUCUGCCCAAAGUGAUACUCUAGCCCCAACGACAUUCAAAUCAGGUCCACGAGAAGUCCAACUUGCGUCCAUAGAAGACGACCUAGACUCUAACAGCCUGCAUGCCUCCAGCAAUGUCCAGUCUUCAGAAGUGCAGACUACUACCACUGACAUGUCUGGCUCUACCACGAGAUCCGGUAGGCCUUGGUUUCUUAGAUCUACACCUAGCGAGGAUAACGAGGCUAAAAUCGGCCAUGUUUUCAAGGGAUCCCAAACAACCCUACUACAAUCUCCCCAGAGUGAGAGUCUAAAACAUGUUCAGCCAACUUUUAGUCUGCCCGGCAACAAUGUUUUCCAUUACCGUUUGACUGCAGGAGAGGCUAAACCUGGUCCAACAAGCUCGGCCCCUUUCAAGCCUAAAGCUAGAUUCAAUGUGUUUGGGUCUGUCAUUUACAGACUGCCCAAAGGUUCCAGAUCCAAACAGAAUGAAUGUGUUCUGGGCAUAAAGCUCUCAGGUGAAACUAGGCCCUCGGGCAGCAAUGUAUCUGCCCCUGCUGAAAUCCAGCCCACCUCCAUUACUUUAACAGCCAGUCAGAGCCAAAAUGUCCUCAGUAAAGAAACUUCUCAAAGCAGUGACUCAUUUCACAAAACUGUGAAUCAUUCUAGUUAUGAAGACCCCAAGUCUCACCCACGUGACCCGGAUAGAAAUGAAAUGACGCGCAAUCCCUUUAGGUUCAUAUCUGGUAAACUCUCAGAAAGCCAGAAAAGCUAUGCUUUCAUGGGCUUCCAAAAACCUAUAAGCAAAGUAGGAUCAACCCAAGACAAGGAUGCUGAUCUCUGUGCACAAACGGUGCCUCCCAUCAACAAAGCGCAGCCACCCCCAGUUGUGCCCACCUCUGCCCCCAGUGUCCACCCAAGCGCUCCCAGAAUCCAAGUUCAACCAGGCCUUAGCAUCACUGAACUCACAGAGAGUCGCAAACCCACCAGCAGCGUUGUAAAGGGCAGACGUAUGAAGGUGAAUCGCGUGCAGAGCCAACAUAGUAUUUCACCUUCGAACGACACCGCCUCCCAACCAGCCAAGCCCCAAACUAUGAGGUUCAAGGCUAUCCAAUUUGCUGAUAUCCUAGGAAGUGCCUCUUUCAGUGGAAUCCAACCCAGGGGAAGCUCCGGACACAGUGUGCAGUCAACAUCCAAUACCCCAGCAUCAGGUGAAGAUGGUGGCGCACUGGACAAAGACCAACCAACACCGAGGGUUGGGUCACCCCAAGGUGAAGGAGGGGACCCCAAGACCUUACCAUUCCCCAGUGCUGCUGCCUUGAGUGGAGAGGGGGAUGUGGGUAGUGUCAUAGUGGCUGUUCAAAGUGGUAGGGGACUUUAGGAGUUUGGGAGCCAUGAGGAAAGAACUUAACUAGUUGAGGGUGUCUGCAGGUAAUCUUUCCUUGACGUCAGUCCGGUUUGAAUUCAUGAACAACGUGACCUGACCCCAUAGCCCUGCUCUCAAGUAUUUAUUCAGAACAUGGUUGUGCUUGUAAAUGUGAUAAUUUAUAAUAAAUAUUCAUACUUAAAAAAA